AUGCCUCUUAGCGCCGCUGCCUCCCUUUAUCGACGGUCCCUGAAACUUGCCCUGGAUUGGGCUGUUCACCGUCAGGUUUGGCGAGGACAGGCAGUCUACAUUCGCUCACUGUUCGACGCAAAUAAAAACGUUCGCGACCCUCGGCAACAGAAGGUGCUGUUACAGGAAACCGAGAAACUACUUGAGACAUGGAAGCACCCCGACCCCUAUCGCGCGCCCACUGCCCCAGGAGGCAGUAAAUGGGAGAGAAACCUUCCUGCCCCCCAGUUGCCUCUCGCCUCCCAGCCUGCGGGCCACUGA